GUGCUAAAAUUGUAUUCUCAUUCAGGGUGUAGCUAGCGCACGACCAGUCAAACUACGUACACUGUAUUACUCGAUCCUGCUACUAUACAGCAAGAACCUCAAGCGUGCGGUUCCUUGUGAGUGACCCCUACUGGCUACUGCUACAGCGGAGGCAAGAUCCUGGAUGCGGACCUCCGUUUGUGGGAUUACGGCGGGCGACACGAACGCACGGCGAGGCCUUGCCUGGACGGGCCCCGUGCCGGUGCCCCCCCCCCUGUUCUGCUUGUAUCUGGCGCGCUUUCUCUCAUGUCGCGUCAAUCGAGUCGCUCACGCGAGUCACCUGUUUUCUUUACUGGAAGUGCAACCCCCUGUUUUACUGCAAGUGCAAGUGCAAAGGCUUCAUGGCGAGACUCACUCUCCCCAGUCCCCAAAGCCCAGAACCCCAGAGCCGCACGCGCGAGCGCGAACACCAUGCUGCCGGCGCUCAUUGCCCUGCUGCUGUCCCUGCUCCCCGCGGUCGCCGACGCAGCGUCAAUGGAUCCAACAGAGAGGGAGACGCUGUUCCGCGUCAUGGAGGCCGUGUCCUCCGACCGGGACUGGCGCGUCGAGAGCCCCGACCCCUGCGGCGGGCCGUGGCCGGGGCUGGAGUGCAAGCCGGCCGCCGACGCGGGCGCGGCGCGCAUGCACGUCACGCGGCUGGACUUCGGCGUGGAGCCCAACCCGACGUGCAAGGACUCGGCGUCCUUCCCUCCCGAGGUCUUCACCCUGCCGCACGUCCAGUCCCUCUUCUUCGUCGACUGCUUCACCAACCCGGCCGCCACCACGGCGCUCGCCCUGCCGCCGCCCGCCAACCUCUCGGCCACCGGCCUGCAGCAGCUCAGCAUCCGGGCCAACCCGGCGCUGUCCGGCGUGAUGCCGCCGGCGCUGGCCAGCCUCCGGUCGCUCCAGGUGCUCACCAUCUCCCAGAACGGCCUGGUCCGCGGCGAGAUCCCGCCGGGCAUCGGGGACCUCACGUCGCUGCUGCGCCUCGACCUCAGCUACAACUCGCUCUCGGGGCCGGUGCCAAGCCAGAUCGGCCAGCUCAAGAGCCUUGUCGGCCUGGACCUCAGCUACAACUCGCUCUCCGGCGCCAUCCCGAGCCGCCUCGGCGAGCUGCGCCAGCUGCAGAAGCUGGACCUCAGCUCCAACAACCUCACCGCCGGCAUCCCGGACGCCGUCGCCAACCUCACGUCGCUCACCUUCCUGGCGCUCAGCAACAACGGCCUCACCGGCCGUUUUCCUCCGGGCAUCUCCGGGCUGCGGAGCCUCCAGUACCUCAUCAUGGACAGCAACCCCAUGGGCGUCCCGCUGCCUUCUGAGCUCGGCAGCCUCGCCCGCCUGCAGGAGCUCCGCCUGGCCGGCUCCGGCUACUCGGGCCCGAUACCGGACGCGUUCGGCCAGCUGGCGAGCCUGACGACGCUCUCGCUGCAGGACAACAACCUGACGGGACCCAUCCCCGCGGCGCUCAGCCGGCUGGGCAGGAUGUACCACCUGAACCUCAGCAACAACGCGCUCGGCGGGGCCGUGCCGUUCGACCGCGCGUUCCUGCGCCGGCUCGGCGGGAACCUCGACCUGAGCGGCAACUCCGGGCUGUGCCUGGACGACCGGAGCGCCCUGCGGGGCAUCGGCGCCUGCCGAGGCGGCGGCGACGGUGGCACUCCGAUGUCGUCGUCGGCGCGCACUAGCUCGGGGAGCAGAGGUGUGAGGGGUUCGCUGGUCGGCGCUGCGUGCGUGGCCGUGUGCUGCCUUCUUGCCUUGAACGAGCACGCUCUGUAUUGACUGGACAAUUGUGCUCGUACUACCAUUAUUGUAGGUGUAGUUGUGCGCUGAAGUGAAAUGAACCGCUCUAUGCUCUCGAGAUGAGCAACGAGCCGGUGCAGUUACAAUUUUUAGCUGCUGCGUAUGCUAGAGCAGAGAGCCCGAGCCGUUUGAAAUUGUAUCACAUCACACACGACCAUCAGCUUAGCUAGCUCGUGCUGCCAGUGAAGUUCCAAAUUGUAGUGUAGAGCAACAAUAAUUUAAGGAGCCGACGCUUUGAAGGAG